CACGCCUCUCGUUUGAAUCCCUCGCCUCUGUGCGUUCGCUAUAGACCCUCUAGACCCUCUAGACCCGGUCCUUCCUUUUACAGGAUGCACACAUAAUGUCGGCAUUCAACGCAGCCUUCUCUCCUUUCCUACGCCGAGCAUGGACAUGCCGAGGUUGCCUACGGUCACAGCGACAGGCGCUGCCGCAACAGCGGAGUACACUUGCGAAGCGGAACACAUUUGCGAGCAGGGCGGAUAUACGGAGGACGUUUGCGACCCAGGUCGAUGCGGCGACAACCCUCAUAGGGAAGAUGGGCAAGAGGAGAAGGAGGCUGUGGAUUGUUGGAGGCGGACUUGCAAUUGGCGCUGGAGUGGUUACGAUCAACGACGAUGCGAAGCAUGCGUAUGUUGCGGCCCAGAGGAGUUAUAGAGUGCUUGGGACGCUGGUCCUCAAUAUCAAAGAUUAUCGCGACAUCCUCAAGCGUGAUAGCGACCCAGACUACCCUGAGCAACUGAAAGCCUGCCAUUUACGAUGCGCGAAACGAACGCUCCACACACUCGAAAAGAACGGCUCGAUAUUCAUAAAGCUAGGACAGCAUCUGAGCAGCAUGAGUUAUUUGCUACCGAACGAGUGGUGCGACACUUUUAUUCCGCUACAAGACAGAUGUCCAGUCUCGUCCUACGAGUCCAUCCAGGAGAUGGUGCGACGAGAUACCGGUCUCGAAAUCUCAGACUUGUUUUCCGAGUUCGAGGAAAGACCCAUUGGCGCGGCGUCCCUCGCACAAGUGCAUCGCGCAACCAUCCGGGAAACUGGACAGAAGGUCGCAGUCAAGGUGCAGCAUCCGGCACUGGAUGAAUGGUCAAAAUUAGAUCUAGCACUAACGAGCUUCACCUUCUCCACACUGAAACGCUGGUUCCCCGAAUACGAUCUCACGUGGCUCAGCGAUGAAAUGCAACUCUCUCUCCCACAAGAACUGGAUUUCGCGCGUGAAGGUGAGAAUGCAACACGCGCACGCGAAUACUUCUCCCACGUGCACGAUGUGCCCGUCAUUAUACCAAAAGUUAUAUGGGCGAAACGGAGGAUACUGGUAAUGGACUACGUGGCCGGAUUCAGAACGGACGAUCUGAAGAGCCUGGAUGAGCGAGGCAUUGAUAGAGAUGAGGUUUCCGCGGCGCUUGCUAGGAUCUUCAACGAGAUGGUCUUUGGAAGAGAUGCACCGCUGCAUUGCGACCCGCAUGGCGGGAACAUCGCCAUCAGGUAUAAUCCAAAGAGGAGGGGGAAGACGAAUUUCGAUGUUGUACUGUACGAUCAUGGACUCUAUCGCGACAUUCCGCUGCAUCUGAGGAGGAGCUAUGCGAAGCUCUGGCUUGCGGUCCUGGAUGCUGAUGAACCUGGUAUGCGCAAGUAUGCGUAUGAAGUUGCGGGGAUUGGGGAGGAACACUUUCCCUUAUUCGCAUCGGCCAUCACAGGAAGAGACUACACCGUGCUAGCCACAAAAGAUGCGAGCACAGGCGGUGGAGGCGUCAUGAGCUCGAGGACGAAUGAAGAGAAGAAGGUCAUUGGGGAUGCGUUGGGGGACGGCAUGUUGGAGAGUCUGAUUCAACUACUCGGGCAGGUGCCUCGAGUCAUCCUCUUGAUUCUCAAGACGAACGAUCUUACGCGCUCCCUAGAUGAAGGCCUCCAAACCCGCCAAGGCCCCAUGCGUACGUUUCUCAUUCUCGCGCGCUACGCCUCGCGGACGGUGUAUGAGGAGCAGCUUGACAAUCUGAGUGGGAGUAUAUUGUGGCCCAGGAAUUUCUUGUCGUGGCUUGGUGCUUGGUCACGACACAUGAGGGUUGAGUUGCAGCUUAGCUCGUACGAGACGUAUCUGAAGUUGAGGGCACUGCUGGGGUUCCAGCAGCUUGUGUUGGGUGUGGACAGCUUUAGAGAGUAGGAGGUGUAAAGUGUAUACCCAUAGACUCGGCCUGCUGCAGGUGUGUAUAGACGUGUACUUGUAGAUUUGCAUGCAUACCCUACAGAUACACCAACUAGAGAAGAUUCAAAGUGCGCA